GCGUUCCCACCGGGACACCCGUAGCGCCCCACCCGAGCACCAUACGCGUAUCAGGCCGCGAGAUCGGCCAUCACCCCAACUCUACAGACGUGCACGUUGUGGGUACGUUCUCCCUUGGCAGCGAGACGAGGGUAUGCUCGACGCUCAGGCGGGCAUAGAGCUGGACCCCGUGCGUUCGGGGAUGAGGAGCUCGAUGACGCUAGAGGAGAUCGAGGAGCAGGCUGCCCUCAUUUCGCGCGAUCCCAUCGGGUCCUCUGCGCCGCUCCCUGUAGAGUCUGUUUUCGGUGCUCGUGCGGCUAUCUUCUGGCCAUACCCCAGGGAUGAUGCCUCUGGGGACGAGAGGGAGCGGGAAUGUGCGGACUACCCCGCACUUCCCAUCCCGCGCGAGAUUGACGAGUUGCACGAGGAGGGCGGCGACUUGCACGAGGGGGCAGAGCGGACGCACACCGCGCUGGGGGUGGGGGAUUUCGGGGGCGUAGAGGCAAGAUCACCCACUCCCGCGCGAGAGCAUACGCCUGCUCCUACCGCCACAGUGCGGGAACAAACGAUUGUUUCCGCGACCUCGCAUCAGCAGACUCCUGCUCCUACGAGGACGUGCGAGCGGACGAGUACUCACACGACGGAGUCUGGACCUUCGUCGCAGUUGCAUCUUCCUCGUCAUUCAGUAGCAUUGUCCGCCGAGACUGCUUCUAUAGAGCAUGUUGAGCGCUUACCAGCAGCGGUUAGGAGAGAGGACUUGGGAUCCUCGUUGCGCAUACGCGGGCAUGGAUCGUUGUUUAGCGUAGCCCGUCAGCUCGUUUUGGACAUGCCCGACGAGGGGGAUUUGGAGGAGGGUGUUCAUAGCGGGACAGCGGUGGUGAGGGAGAGACGGGCGGAGGAGCAUGGAGCGAGCGGAGUUGACGACCUUGAGGGUAUUCGAGUGGAGAUGGAUGAUGGUGCGCAUGUUGAGAGGGAGGCGGGAGUGGAGGUGGUGCAGGUGGAUGAUGGUGCGCAGGUUGAGAGGGAUGCGGGAGUGGAGGUGGAUGAUGGUGUGCAGGUUGAGAGGGAGGCGGGAGUGGAGGUGGAUGAUCGUGCGCAGGUUGAGAGGGAGGCGGGAGUGGAGGUGGAUGGUGGUGCGCAUGUUGAGAGGGAGGCGGGAGUGGAGGUGGAUGAUGGUGCGCAGGUUGAGAGGGAGGCAGGAGUGGAGGUGGAUGAUCGUGUGCAGGUAGAGAGGGAGGCGGGAGUGGAGGUGGAUGAUCGUGCGCAGGUUGAGAGGGAGGCAGGAGUGGAGGUGGAUGAUCGUGCGCAGGUAGAGAGAGAGGAGGACGUCGUGACUACUCAGGUUGGGAGAGAGGAGGGCGUGGCAGUGCCUUCCGAUGUUGCACAGGGUGAGAGACAGGAGGACAUGGUCAGGGCAGAUGGUACUGCGCUGGUUGAGGGAGAGGACGACGUGGUAGGGGGGGGCGUCGCCCAUGACGGAGGAGAGGGUAGCAACACCCUUGACCCGAUUGUCGAGCGUUUGAUCGCUGACGAGGUGGGUCCCGCACUAUCGGGUUUGACCCCGGGCACGAUGAGGGCACUGGGGGCGUCGCCAUCAGGAGAGAGCGGGGCGGUUGGCGAUGAGAUGCGGGAUUUUGCACAGAUGUCUUUCGGGGAUCCUCCCACCCCUUGGCAGAGUCGUCACGCAGAGAUAGAGGAUAUGGCGCGUUCCCUAGCGGCCGCUGGUUACUCCGCAGAGGAGAUCGAGCAGGAAUUCGCAUGAGCCUCCAGGACUCGUACACGGGACACGCUUCAGCAGGGAUACGAGGAGAGAAAAUCAAAGAAAAUCAAGGCCUCUUGCAACC